UAUGAAAAACAAAAAAAAAGCCUCUAUUAAAAUCAUUUUGGAACAAAUACAAUUGAAAUCCUGUCUAUUUGUAAGAGAUGGUCAAAUGGACGAUGUCGAUGAACUGUUGAUCUUUGAAUCCUCUGAAUGUUUCAUAGAUACUCGAACAUCUAUAUGUAAUUUAUUGAAAAUUGCAAUCAAUGGUAAGAAAGCUUUGCGGAAAGUAUCUGUUUAUCAUUCUUUUCCGAUAAGAUGCUAUGGAGAGUGCGAAGAAUGGAUUUAUGAUAUAAUCUUUGAACGCUUUAGCAAAUAUUUGAAAAUAAUUAUCACCGAACUACAAGAUAAAAAUAAGAAAAGAAUUUCAUUAGAAGCAGAUGGAUUCAAUUCUUUUAAACAAUGUCCGAAAAAUCACCAAAUGAUGUCACUAUUUAGAAAAGGUCAAACAAUCAGAACAAUAUAUUGUCUUCAAUGUGAAAAGUUAACGUUUUUAGACAGUAAUCGGCGACCAUUAAAAGAUUUAAGACAGCCGUGUAUUCUAUGUCCCUUUAAUGCUUUCUACAAUGUGAAUAGUAGAACAUGUGAAAUAUGUCCAGGUCAUAAACUCCACUCAGAAGAUACUCCACCUUCGGGGAGUAAUUCUGCUGUAGUUUGUUCAAUAUAUGAUGAUAUAUCAUCCAUGAAUCAUUACGCAACCGUACUAACUAAUAAAAGAAAGCCUACUUUUGAGUGUUGGCCUUGGUACAUGAGAAUUAUGAAAAAUAGCUACAAUUUAAUUGAGGUAAAAUAUACAUAUGGGGAAGAGAUAACAGAAGUUUCGGAAAGCCUAUCAAUUUCUCUUGGAUAUUAUCAACAUAUGGAAAACUUUAAUUGCACAAUGACACUAAAAGAUUCAUCUGGAUUUAAAUUUAAUAUUAGUAUAGUUUAUAUUGUCCAAGAAGUUUAUCCGGAUGCUUUGGCAAAUUACUUUGAAGAAGAAGUAUCAAUUUGUCCUGGGCGAAGCAGACUAAAACAAAUUGAAUUAUCAAUAAGAAGAAAGUAUUUUUAUUACAGGUUUAUUAGAAAGAUUACAACAGCAAAAACCAAUCCAGUCCAUAUCAAAAUAGAAUGCGGUAGAAGAUUAUAUAAACUUGAAUCUAUACAUAGAAAUUUAUCACAAAUCGAUGAUAGACAAUUAUAUGAAUACGAACCAAAGAGUAUUCUUAAAGAAAAUAAAUAUAGAAUUCGAGUAUGGAUUAUCUAUCAAUUACAUUCAUCAGUUGAGAUUAAUAAUAUUAAAAUUUCUUCAAGAAAUGCUAAAAGAGAUAUUUGGAAGAUUACUAUAUAUAAUGAAUGUCCAGCUGGCUACGGUUUAGAGGAUAAUCCGUUUAAUUUAUUAUGUGUUCGAUGUCCCCAAAGUUAUCAUAGUCCUUCUGGAAUUCAUCGAUGCGAAAAAUGUGAGCUUUUCGGCAUCUGUUCACAUGAGGAAAAUGACGAUUUUUUCAAUGAUCAAGUAGAUAUAGCCCUUGACACCACUGUAGUUUUAAUUAAUAUAUGGACAAGAAGAAAGGUUAAGAAUAGACAAAAGGAUACAUAUAUGUUUUACUUUGCCGAUCUAUUUGAUGAAGUUCCCAAAAUGCCAUAUUGGUUUAACUCUUCGUCGCAUUUUGGAUUGGCACUUUUAGUAAAUGGAAUAGAGCAUUUUGCUUUAACAGAUGGUUUUGAAGUUGUUGUAUAUCUUGGGAAUGAAUGGAUAAAUAUUAAUCAAUUACCGCCAAUAUACGAAAUUGAAUAUAUUGAUACACAAGCGCUAAUAAACCAUCAAGGAUCGGAAGUUGAGGACCAAUUGAAGAAGAUGAUGGCCCAUAAAGGAGUCGUUGGUGUAAUGAUUGUUAAUAGUGACGGGGUUCCAAUAAGAACAACUCUAGAUAACUCUACAACUGUACAACACGCAGCUCUUAUCCAACAACUCGUUACUAAGGCUAAAUCCGUUAUCAGAGAUUUAGAUCCUUCCAACGAAUUAUCCUGCUUAAGGGUUCGGUCAAGAAAGAACGAAAUUAUAAUAACUCCUGAAAAGGAUUACGUCCUAAUUGUUGUACAAAAUGCCACGACCGAAACAUAA